UGGAUCAUUGUAGCGCGGAUAGAGCACCAGUCUCUUUUUCUGAGAGUGUGCUUGUGCUUAUUCAGUUCGUGAAGUGUGCUUCUUUAAAAAUAGUAUACACAAAUUUUUGUAUGAGUCAGAAGGUAGAAAAACCAGUUCUAUCCGGUCAACGCAUCAAGACCAGAAAAAGAGAUGAAAAAGAGAGGUAUGAUCCAACUGGGUUUAGGGAUGCAAUAAUCUCUGGACUCGAUAAAUGUGCUAAAGAUUUCGAAGCUAUAUCUCGUUAUUUGGACAGUGCUGGUAAUAAACUAGAUUAUCGUCGUUAUGGCGAAAGUCUCUUUGAUAUACUCAUCGCUGGAGGCAUCCUGGUUCCUGGAGGUACAUUGUCACAAGAAGGCGAUGGACCAUAUAGAACAGAGGCGUGCAUUUUCAAUUCACCGAACGAAAUCAAUAUGGAAAUAAUGAAGAAUUGGGAACAAGUGUUCAUUAAACUAAUGCGUCGCUAUAAGUAUUUGGAAAAGAUUUUCCAGGACGAAAUUAAGAAAAUACUAUUGUUCGUGAAGUAUUUCCUGCCGUCCGAUCGUAAGAAAUUGUCCGUGAUGGUGUACAUCUGGAUAGCGAAUGGCAGUAUACCGUUUACAGCUGUGCUCGUCUUAAAUAAUUCGCAUCUCGUCAAAGACCAUCUAGCGUUGGACUUCCUCAUUGACGUGUUCAAGGCGUGGCGCCAGGAGAAGGGCGUCAAUUCGCUUUAUUCGGCCAUCAAGAAAUCGAACAUUGAAUCUCACCUGACGAGUUUCAUACCCGACACGAAGCAGUCUCAGCUGUACUUUCGUAAUGCCUUUCAGGAUAACGGUCUAGAGGAAAUACUCAAACUAUACAACGAUCAGCACCAACAACUGGCCAAGAAGGAGCUACAGGUGCUUUUGGCUGACAGCCUCAAUGAAAGUAAACCUCUUCGUGAUAUAAUUAAUGAAAUCAAGGAGAUCGGCUUGAGAGAUAAUAUAUUAGAACACGAAACUGUUUGUAUUAUAUGGACGACGGUCAUGGACAUUCCAGAAUGGUCGAAAAAAGAGGAACUUGUAACGGAACAAGCCGUACGACAUCUCAAAUACUACACUAAUCUGUUCGCCGCGUUCACCGAGUCAGCGCGCUCAGAACUCAGCCUUUUGCUGAAGGUUCAAGAUUAUUGUUAUUCGAAUAUGACUUUUAUGAAGGCCUUUCAGAAGAUCAUAAUGUUGUUUUACAAGAUGGACGUCAUCUCCGAACAGACCAUUUUGAAAUGGUACAAGCAAGAUUAUAACGUUAAAGGCAAAAUGAUGUUCGUGGAGCAAAUGAAGGAGUUUAUUAAUUGGCUACAGAACGCAGAAGAAGAGAGUGACUCUGAUGGUGAAAGUGAAUAAAAAUGGGGGUUUGUUGGUUUUGAAUAAAAAAUAUCAGUGCCACCUAUCAUUGCAAAAAUAUGAAAAGUAGCAUUUUUUCCAAUGUAUUCAAAUUGUAAUGUAUAAAAAAAAUUCUGGUGCCUUACUAUGUUGGUGUGCGGCAGGCAAUAGUUGUUUGGGGGACAUGUAACAUUGACCUCAUAUAAAUUUAUUCAAUAAUUAUUAAAAAAAAUACUAUAUAAUAUAUAUAAUACACGGGAAAAAAUGAUAUUUGUCUUGAAACGUCGCCAAUAAAGUCAUAACUCAAAUGUUAUAUAUUAAUGAUUUAUGGUCAAUUUUUUAAUAUACAAGAAAUUUUAAUAAAAUGGGUUUUAUUUUGUCGAACUUGCAUUUUAUUUGUUAAUAAAGUAUAUUAAAAUUA